AUGAGCCGGAUCUCUUUCCGAUCAUCCACCGGAGGGGGCAUGAGGGGCUUCAGCUCGGGCUCUGCCAUCGUGGGAGGCGGUGGCGGGGGCACCAGGAGCAGCUUCAGCUCCGUCUCCGUCUCCAGAGUCGGGGGAGGAAGAGCCGGAGGCGGAGGAGGCUUCGGAGCCGGCGGUGGCUUCGGCAGCAGGAGCCUCUACAACAUGGGUGGAAGCAAAAGGAUCUCCAUCGGGGGUCUCCGGAGCGGAGCCGGUGGCGGAUUCGGCUUCGGCGGCGGCGCCGGCUUCGGGCUGGGCUAUGGUGGCGGUGGAGCCGCUUUUGGCUUAGGAGGAGCCGGUGCCGGUGGCGGUUACGGGCUGGGAAGCGGAUUCGGGCUGGGAGGUCCCGGAUUCGGCGGCCGAGGCGGCCCCGGGUUCCCCGUGUGCCCCCCCGGCGGCAUCCACGAGGUGACGGUGAACCAGAGCCUGCUGGCCCCCCUGAAGCUCGACAUCGACCCCGAGAUCCAGAAGGUGCGGACGCAGGAGCGGGAGCAGAUCAAGACCCUCAACAACAAGUUCGCCUCCUUCAUCGACAAGGUUCGCUUUUUGGAGCAGCAGAACAAGGUGCUGGAGACCAAGUGGAGCCUCCUGCAGGAGCAGGGGCACACGGUCACCAGGAAGUCCCUGGAGCCCCUGUUCGAAGCCUACAUCGGCAACCUGCGGAGGCAGCUCGACAGCCUGGUGGGCGAGCGGGGCCGCCUGGACUCCGAGCUCAGGAACAUGCAGGACAUGGUGGAGGACUUCAAGAACAAAUAUGAAGAUGAGAUCAACCGGCGCACGGGGGCCGAGAACGAGUUCGUGGUGCUCAAGAAGGACGUGGACGGUGCCUACAUGAACAAGGUGGAGCUGCAGGGCAAGGCAGACUCGCUGGCAGAGGAGAUCAACUUCCUGCGGGCUCUCUACGAGGCGGAGCUGUCCCAGAUGCAGCAGCAGGUGUCGGACACCUCGGUGGUGCUUUCCAUGGACAACAACCGGAGCCUGGACCUCAACAGCAUCAUCGCCGAGGUGAAGGCGCAGUACGAGGACAUCGCCAACCGCAGCCGCGCCGAGGCCGAGGCCUGGUACCAGAACAAGUACGAGGAGCUGCAGGUCUCGGCCGGGCGCCACGGGGACGACCUGAGGAACACCAAGAUCGAGAUCUCGGAGAUCAACAGGAUGGUGCAGAGGCUGCGCAACGAGAUCGACAGCGUGAAGAAGCAGUGUGCCAACCUCCAAGCCGCCAUCGCCGAGGCCGAGGAGCGCGGGGAGCUGGCCCUCAAGGACGCCAAGGCCAAGCUGAGCGAGCUGGAGGACGCCCUGCAGAAGGCCAAGCAGGACCUGGCCCGGCAGCUCCGCGAGUACCAGGAGCUCAUGAACGUCAAGCUGGCCCUGGACAUCGAGAUCGCAACCUACAGGAAGCUGCUGGAGGGCGAGGAGAGCAGGUGGGGACACGGGGACCUGUGUGUGCUGCUGCUCCUCAGGGCAGGGACCCUCUCCCUGCGCUCAGAGAGCUCCUCCCGAGGGGCCGGAGCUCCGGGCAGCUCCAGCGGGAUGGGAUACGGCGGCGGGAGCUGCCUGGGGAUGGGCGGAGGGCUCGGGAUGGGCGGCGGCGGCGGCGGCGGAUUCUCCGUGAGCGGCGGCGGCUUCGGGGGCGGCAGCGGCGGCGGCUUCGGGGGGCUCAGCUACGGCGGGGGCAGCACCUUCAGCUCCGGCAGCAGCCGAGGCGUGAGCUCCAGCACGGGCGGCAGCGUCAGGAUCGUCUCCAAGACCACCACCAGCAAAAAGACCAUCAGAUAA